ACAAAACCGAAGCCAUUCCGUCACUGGAAAUCAUUUGUCAAAAUUCUGUUUUUCGAAAAUUGCUAGUCCAAAAAUUACAGAUAUAUCUCAAAAUUAGACCCAGAACAGCAGGAGGAGGAGGAAAGGAGUCGCUGUGAGACCAUGAGCAUGAGAAGGAUGGGCCCCCUGCACGGCCUCCUGCGGGACAAGACGCCGCGAGGGCCGUGUCCCUUGACCAUGGCCCAGAGCCUGCAGCAGAACUACUGCAAGAAUCCCGGGGAGGACAUUUGCAAGCUCAAAAGGAAACUGGAGGAGGCCACCCAGAAGCGCAAGGAGGCCGAGGCGGCGGCGGAGGCCGAAAGGGAGGCGGCAAUGAUCAAGAAUCGGGUGGACAAGUGCAUCAUCGAGAAGACGAAGGCGUUCCAGGAGUGCGUCGAGGGCUCCGCCGACAAGCAGCAGCAGGACAUCCUGCGGAUAAUGAUGGGCUGCCUGAAGACGGGCAUCCGCAGGAUCUGCGCCGACAGCGUCAUGAGCGCGUUCUGCCGGGAAAAGGCGGAGGCAGGCGCGAAUAAGAUCCGGCAAAUGUUGAAGCAAUGCGGCGAAAAGUUACCGAAGGGCGCCGGCUCAAACAGAGAACCCAAUGCGGUGGAUCUCAUCCAGAAGAAGUGCCGGGAAAUGGCCGAAAGCAAGAAGCUACAGGCUCCAGGAGGGAAUCAGGCAGAGCGCUCCCGAUUCGCCCAGAAAGUGGAUCAGUGCGUGGCCAGUGGGUGGAAGGAGGUGUGCUCUUCGCGCAGCAAUCUCAGCGAGAAGGAGCAGGUGGAGCUGGACCGCAUGCAGCAGUGCGUCUGCGACCAAAUCAAGGAGAACUGCCGCCAGCAGGUCCUCAGGGAGAUGUGCGCUGAUGGCGGGCAGCAGCCCAAAAGGAAGGCCAACUCUGAAGUUCUUACCUUCAAGGCAAGGCCUACAGAAGUAGCCGAGGAAGUGCCCGAGGAAAAGCCUUCUCCCCCGCCAAAGGAAUCCCUAAAUCCUGAGGUGGAAAAGUGCGUGCAGGCCAAACUGCAGUGUGUUGAGGGCUUCAUAAGGUCCUUGAGCGGUGAUGAAGCCACGGCUCGCGAGAAUAUAUCCGAAUGUGCCAGGAUCAAGCUGAGGGAACAGUGCGAGGCAGAGAUUCAGCAAAGAAAACUCGAAGAAGAGAUCCAGCGAAAGAAAUGCUUGGAAAAGAGGGCCCGAAGGGAGGCAGAGAUGCAGCAAAGGAAGCUCUCAGAAGAGAAAGCCCGAAAGGAAGCAGAGGCUUGGCGAGCAAAAUGCAUGGAGAACAGAAACCGCAAGGAGGCGGAAAAGAGAGCCCGCAAGGAAGCAGAGGCUCUGCGAAGAAAGUGCCAGGAGAAGAGAGCCGAAAAGGAAGCAGAGGCCCAGGCAAAGGACGACAAAUGUCAGCCAGGGGGGCCAGGAGGCGGAGCCGAAGCUGUUGUCAAUCAGGAACUGCUGAAGCACUUCCGGGAGUGUUUGUUCAAAAAGCUCGGCGGACCGCACGACACCCAGCCGGGCCGAAAGGUGACCAUUGCGGGCGCCGGCGCUGUGGGCAUGGCCUGUGCCAUGGCCCUCCUCUGCAAGGGCGUCACCAACCAUGUGGCGCUCUUCGAUGAUCAGAAGGAGUGGGCGGCGGCAGAGCGGCUGGACAUGCUGCACGGCUCGAUGUUCAUCAACAAUCCGCGGAUCGAGCAGUGCAACGGCGUGGCGGCCACGAAGGACUCGCGGCUGGUGGUGCUGACGGCUGGGAACCGGCCCAAGCCGAACGAGACCCGCCUGGAUGUGGCCCAGAAGACGGCGGACAUUGUCAAGGCGGUGAUGCCGGCCCUGCUGGAGCAGAGUCCCAAGGCCACCUUCAUAGUGGUGUCCAAUCACGCGGACGUGAUGGCCUGGGUGGCCCGCAAGGUGACCAAUCUGCCGUACGAGCGCUGCUUCAGCACUGGCUGCCACCUGGACACGGCCCGCUUUCGCCUGUUCAUCGGCCAGCUGCUGGGGAUCGCGGCCCGCUCCGUCCACGGCUACGUGAUCGGGGAGCACGGCGGCAGCUCGGUGCCUCUGUGGUCGACGGUGAGCGUCGGCGGCGUGCGCCUGCAGGAGGUCCUGCCCGUCAUCGGCACUGAGAACGACCCCAUGUACUGGUCAGCGGUCCACAAGGAUGUGGUGGAGGCGGCCUUCCGGGUGAUCGCCGUCAAGGGCUACACCAACUGGGCCAUCGGCCUCACCGUCGCCGACGUCGUCUCGGCGAUAUUCGAGGACAGCCAUCGGGUGCUGACGCUGUCCACCAACGUCCAGGGCUUCUGCGCUGUGAAGGACGAGGUGUUCAUGUCCGUGCCCUGCGUCGUCUCCGCCCACGGGAUCUCGGCGAUUUGCCGGCCGAAGCUGAGCGACUGGGAGAAGAACCGGUUCUUGAAGUCCGCACAGACACUGCUGGAGGCCCAAUGCUCCAUCAAAGUGUAAUCAUUUGUCGUGCUCCCCCCCAACGCCCCAACGCCCCAAGCCCCUCACCCAGGAUCACCCAGUCGGCCCUGAGAUCUCAAUCACCGUGUGACUUCACUCUCAGUUUUUAUUAUUAUUUUAUUAAAAUUCCCCGUUACUUGCCGCACGUUCA